AUGUCCGACCAGCUAGCAGAUAAACUGAAGAACACUUCACUUAACGAUGGGCCAAAUGCUGGGAGCGAUAACUGGAAACAAAAUUUGAACCUUCCCGCCAAGGAUACUAGGCACCAAACUGAGGAUGUCACGAACACAAAAGGCCUCGAAUUCGAAAACUUUGCGCUAAAGCGAGACUUGUUGAUGGGUAUUUUCGAAGCCGGGUUCGAAAAGCCCUCCCCCAUUCAAGAAGAAGCUAUUCCUGUGGCCCUGACGGGCCGCGAUAUCCUCGCCAGAGCCAAGAACGGCACCGGAAAGACGGCCGCUUUCGUUAUCCCCGUCCUAGAACGCAUCAACCCCAAAGUGACCAAGAUCCAAGCACUUAUCCUCGUCCCCACACGUGAGCUUGCCAUGCAAACAUCGCAGGUAUGCAAGACUCUAGGCAAGCACCUCGGCGUAAACGUCAUGGUCACAACUGGCGGUACUGGCCUUCGAGACGACAUCAUCCGUUUACAGGAUCCCGUCCAUAUUGUGGUCGGAACCCCGGGUAGAAUUCUCGAUUUGGCAGGAAAGAAUGUUGCCGAUCUGAGUGAAUGCCCCAUGUUCGUCAUGGAUGAAGCCGAUAAGCUCCUCUCGAGUGAAUUCACCCCCGUUAUUGAACAACUAUUGCAAUUCCACCCCAAAGAUCGCCAAGUCAUGCUUUUCUCUGCCACCUUCCCGCUGUCGGUGAAGGACUUCUCUGACAGGAACAUGGCCAACCCCUACGAAAUUAAUCUCAUGGACGAACUCACCCUUCGCGGUAUCACCCAAUACUAUGCUUUCGUUGAGGAAAAGCAGAAGGUCCACUGCCUCAACACUCUUUUCUCUAAGCUCCAGAUCAACCAAUCUAUCAUUUUCUGCAACUCCACCAACCGUGUAGAAUUGCUUGCAAAGAAAAUCACCGAGCUAGGCUACUCUUGCUUCUACAGUCACGCGAGAAUGCAACAGCAAGCCCGUAACCGAGUCUUCCAUGACUUCCGAAAUGGCGUCUGCCGAAACUUGGUUUGCUCUGAUCUCCUUACCCGUGGUAUCGAUAUCCAGGCUGUCAAUGUGGUCAUCAACUUCGAUUUCCCAAAGAACGCCGAAACUUAUCUGCACCGUAUCGGUCGUUCCGGUCGAUACGGCCACCUGGGUCUGGCUAUCAACCUGAUCAAUUGGGAUGAUCGCUUCAAUCUCUACAACAUUGAACGAGAUCUCGGAACCGAGAUCCAGCCCAUCCCUGCAAGCAUUGAUAAGAGUCUCUACGUUUACGAAAACCCCGACACUAUUCCCCGCCCCGUUUCCAACCUUCCUCCACGAUCAAGCCAGCCCCAGCAAACCCAGAGACUUCCAGGGCUAUCUCCUCAACAACAUUCGCAACAACCCCAGGGUGUUUGGCAGGGCCAACCCAACCACCAAAAUGGGCACUCGCAACAUUUCAACCAGCAACGGGGCCGUGGCCGAGGUCGCGGCUACCGAGGUCGCGGUGGAGGUGGCCGGGGACGAGGUGCUCCACGUGACAUACAAACCUAA